AGAGCUCGGAAGAACUAUUGCAGAAGCAUGUCUAACUAGCCCGGGUAGCAGUCAUUCUAUCCUCCCCAAGGCUGCCGGUGUUGCUGAGCGCGAGGGAGGAUGGUUUCAGCCAUGGGAGCCAGGAAAAAUCUGAGAAGGAAUGAGCAGACGAGAGACCUGGCAUUCCUUGGGCAGCUUGAAAGAGAGGUGAGGUGUCUGAAUCAGCGCAAGAUUAAAUGAGCACUGGCUGCUGCCAUGUUGGCACAACAGAGCCGUGCACAGGCAGUUGGACAAGUUUGUGGCUGAGCUGGUUUAUCCACUGUUGAAGAUGGGAAGUUACUUGUCAGCCCCUGCUUACUUCGCUCCCAAGGAUCCCUUUCGGUGUUCUGAAUGCCAGGAUCCCCUCACGAACUGGUACUAUGAGAAAGAUGGGAAGCUGUAUUGCCACAAAGACUACUGGGGGAAGUUUGGGGAAUCUUGCCAUGGCUGCUCUCUGCUGAUGACUGGACCUGUGAUGGUGGCUGGAGAAUACAAGUAUCACCCUGAGUGCUUUGCUUGUAUGAGCUGCAAAGUGAUCAUUGAAGAUGGGGACACUUACGCACUGGUGCAGCAUUCCACUCUCUACUGUGGAAAAUGCCAUAACCAGAUUGUGCUGACACCGAUGAUAGAAAAACAUUCCACUGAGUCUCUGCGUGAGCAGCUGCCUUAUACACUGACACUCAUCUCCAUGCCAGCAGCUACUGAUGGCAAGAGGGGCUUCUCUGUGUCUGUUGAGGGCGGCUGCUCCAGCUAUGCCACUGGCGUCCAAGUGAAGGAAGUUAACAGGAUGCACAUCAGCCCAGAUGUCCGAAAUGCCAUCCACCCUGCAGAUCGUAUCCUGGAAAUUAAUGGAGCUCCCAUUCGUACGUUACAGGUGGAGGAGGUGGAGGACUUGAUUCGCAAGACAAGCCAGACACUUCAGCUGCUGAUAGAGCAUGACCCUGUCUCACAGCGCUUAGACAGGCUUCGGUUGGACUCCCGGCUUCCCACCCACAUAAAGUCACCCAUCUCUCCCCACUCCAUCUCUCCCCUGGACAUCAAGGAGAAUCUGGAAGGAACGCUCCGCCGACGAUCCCUCAGGCGAAGUAACAGCAUUUCUAAGUCUCCUGGCCCCAGUUCUCCAAAGGAACCCCUCCUUCUGAGCCGUGACAUCAGUCGCUCUGAAUCUCUACGUUCCUCUUCUAGCUGCUCCCAGCAAAUCUUCCGGCCGUGUGAUCUCAUUCAUGGAGAAGUACUAGGAAAAGGAUUUUUUGGACAAGCAAUCAAGGUGACUCACAAAGCAACAGGAAAGGUGAUGGUGAUGAAAGAGCUGAUUCGCUGUGAUGAGGAAACACAGAAGACUUUUUUGACAGAGGUGAAAGUGAUGCGCAGCCUGGAUCACCCCAAUGUGCUGAAGUUCAUUGGUGUACUGUACAAGGACAAGAAGCUCAAUCUCCUCACUGAGUACAUCGAGGGUGGCACCCUGAAGGACUUCCUCCGCAAUGCGGACCCGUUUCCCUGGCAGCAGAAGGUCAGCUUUGCCAAAGGAAUUGCCUCUGGAAUGGCUUACUUGCACUCCAUGUGCAUCAUUCACAGAGACCUGAAUUCACAUAACUGCCUAAUCAAGUUGGAUAAGACAGUGGUGGUGGCUGACUUCGGUCUGUCUCGGCUGAUUGUGGAGGAAAGAAAAAAGCCCACUCUGGAGAAGCCAUCUGCCAAGAAACGAACCCUGCGGAAGAGUGACAGGAAGAAGCGCUACACGGUGGUUGGCAACCCGUACUGGAUGGCCCCAGAGAUGCUAAAUGGACAGAGCUAUGAUGAGACAGUGGACAUCUUUUCAUUUGGGAUAGUUCUUUGUGAGAUCUCACCCUACAGCUCUCUGCUGUGGGUAGGUUCCCUCUUAGUACACUUGAGGUCCUCUAUAGGCACUGGAGGUGGAGCGCAUCUCAUUGACACACUGGGGUUCGUGAUCAUAGGCCAGGUUUAUGCUGACCCAGACUGUCUCCCACGCACACUGGAUUUUGGCCUUAAUGUUAAGCUGUUCUGGGAAAAGUUUGUUCCUGCUGACUGUCCUCCAGCCUUUUUCCCUCUGGCUGCCAUUUGCUGUAGACUGGAACCAGAGAGCAGGCCACCUUUUUCCAAGCUUGAAGAUUCCUUUGAAGCUCUCUCUCUCUACCUGGGAGAACUUGCCAUUCCCCUCCCAUCUGAGCUGGAGGAGCUGGAUCACAACGUGAGUGUGCAGUACGGACUGAACCGUGACAAGUUACCUGAGAACACAACCUAGUCAGCUUGUCCUGCUGCCUGCAUCACUUCUGCUGGAGUUCAGCAACAGAGAGGGAGAUGCACUUCAGCCACUUCCAGGGCAUUAACAGGGCACCAUGCUGUGCGUUCGCUGUAUUGCCUCUCUCUCCUCACCCAAUGCCCUCCUCACAGACAUCCUGAUUCACUGUGGAUUUCUGGCAUGUUUCGGAAGCAAAAAGGACUAUUUCCUGCCAACUGCACCUAUGAAAGCUGCUCAACACUAUUUUUCUGGCUUGAGAAAUGCUUCUCUGGCCUUUUCAGGCUUCUUUACUGUGGUGCCUUAGAACUUGGCUGCAAGCUGUGAAGCCGCUCUGGUCCGUCAGCCAGGGAGGUAAUUGCUAUAGGAAACUAUCCUGGGCAAGGACCAGCAUUUCUGGAACUGCUUCUCCCACUGACUGCCCUGCUCAGAAAGUUGGGAAAAUUGGACAUCUGGCAAAAGACCCAACCAGGACAGUGUGUGUGUGUGCGUGUAUAUGUUUGUACCUGUAUUUUCCAGAACAGCCCGCUGACAUUUGACAUCGAGGAUGGGAGUGAAAAAGCCUAGGAACUGGGCAGCUCUCAUGGGGAAGAGUGUAUGCGUUUUUGUUUUGAGAUUUUUUUUGUGGGUUUUUUCUUCCUCUGUCUCUGAAUACCUCUGAAAGCCCACGUAGAAACACUAAGACUGAGCUCUACCUGCCCCACUGGAUGGACAGCCAGAAAAUGAGCCUCUUAAGCAUCUUCAGACUCUGACCCUGUAAAGUCUGCCUGCCCAACGGCCUUACCCUCGGUGAGAGCAUCUGAACCUGAAUGUGUAGAACUGCACUAGACACUGGCUGUGGGCAUCCCUGGAAAGGCAAAGCUGCUGGAACUCUCAGCCUGUGGAAACGAGGUGACAGGGUGGCAGAAGGUGCUGUUCAGAAAGGUAAAGGUCUGAAUUGGGUCACGCUUUGUGCAUGGAUGAUGGGUAAAGUGAGACGUGGCCAAGGCUACUUAAAGGAUGAACUUGCUGGUAAACAGAAGAGUGCUGGAGACUGUCCCAUCUCACUAGGAGUGGCAGCUGGAAAACUAAUCAUUCAGUUGCCAUUACCUUAUCCUUCCCUGCAAGUUGCUCCCUUUGAAGGUCCUUGCAGCUGCUGCUGCAGCAGCACCUAGGCUGAUUGUCCAAGCAGAAACUUUCCUCGGGAUCAUUCCCUGCUUUGGGGGAAAAAAAAAAAAAGGGCUUGGAAUCACUGAGACGUGGAGUAUUUCUUCCUUCAGAUGAAGAAAGAAGAAAGCUACUGCUUCAGUAGUAGCUUAAUGCGGUUGUCAAAACCAAACAAAAGUUUUGCUCAGAAGUUCUACAAACCUCUUGGUGUAACUUCAUUUUUUAGCGUGUUCCUUUCUCCCUGCACCUCCCCUCCCCUUUAGUACUGAACUGUGGGAUAUGGGUGUGAAGUCUUUGCUGUUAGCUUCAUUUCACCCCACCCCCCUUAUGCAUACCCAUGAGUUCAAAAUAUUGUGUACAAUUACAUGGGACCAGUCAGCACCUGACAAAAGGUGUGUGUGUCAGGCGUUGUUUUUUAGUCCCUGUAGUGGUGUUUUAGAAACACGGGGCUCCUCGCACUUUGAGUCAGUGGAAGAGCUUCUCUAAACUGGGUCCAGUGGAUUCAGGAUUGUUAAUAGGAUUUGUCCUUUCCUCACCCUCCCCCAAGGCUGGAUUUGAGGGGACCUCUGAAGGGAAGAGUCCUAGGUAAUGUGUGGGUGAGAUUUAAGAACUGUGAUUUGCACAGCUCCACAUUCUAACUAAAUUAAAAAAACAAAAAAAACAGUAAAUGUAUGCUGUGGAAACAAGAUUGUGUUGUCUGUGUAAAAAUGUAAUAAAGCAGGAAACUGCA